AUGGUCGGUCACUUGCAAAUCCAUCGCAGAGAGACUGGCGAACCAGUGCCUGGAGCACCAACCUACACCCACCGCACUCGCCUCAACUGCCCACACUGCCCUCGCACCUUCACGAAUCGCAUGGGUCUAUUCGGCCACAUGCGCAUCCACGAGAGCGGAAUUGACCACAAUUCCGACACACCAACCACGUCCAACACGCCCGCCAUACCCAGCCCCACCCUCGCUCCAUCGUCAUGCGCGCCCAUCACCAUCACUACCACCACCGCCUCCUCUGCAGCUGACACUGACACCGCCGUCUUCUCAUGCCCACACUGUCCACGCACAUUCACCUCACGCAUCGGCCUGGUCGGUCACUUGCGAAUCCAUCGCACAGAGACUGACGAACCAGUGCCUGGAGCACCCACCUAUACCCACCAAGCUCGUCUCAACUGCCUACACUGCCCUCGCAGCUUUAGGCAUCGCAUGGGCCUAUUCGGCCACAUGCUCAUCCACGACGACCUGCGGUAG